UCCAAUGGAACCGCGUGUUGUAAAUGGAAUUCGCAUUCGCUCCAUGACAGUGGACGACUACAAAGAGGUGAAAGAAGUUUUGGGUCGAACGUUCUAUGUGGACGAGCCACUGUGCAUGAUCUCGGGUAAAAAUAUGCAAACACACUUUGAGCAGGAGCAGGAUGCAUACCACCUAUCCCUGAUCGAGCAGAAUACCUCUGUUGUGGCUGUGGAUGAGACCGAGAGCAAUAAAAUUGUCGGUGUGGUGCUGGCAGGCGCACAAGUGCCAAGCGAGCUGGAAUAUCAUCGACUAAUGGCAGACAAGUACGGAAAAUUCUACAAGUUUUUGUCUGAGAUCGAAACGGAAGUGAAUAUCUUCAAGAGCCAUGGAGUCUCCAGGGUUCUCUACUCACACAUAACCGCCGUGGAAAGAUCAAUGAGAGGCAAAGGACUGGGCACGCGACUCACGACAGCUGUGAUGGAGGUGGGUCGCACGAUGGGAUUCCCCUUGUUUGUUGCCUGCUGCACGAGUUUCUACUCGGCACGCCAAAAGCAGGCCUUGGGCAUGGAGUGCAUCCAUGCUGUGGCUUAUGCGGACUAUAAAAACGAACGUGGCGAAGUGGUGUUUGAGCCACCAGCACCACACACGCACGCUCGCUAUAUGGUGGGUAUUCUAUGAACCCAGAGAGACUAAAAUGAGAGACUA